AUGGAACUCUAUAGGCUCGAGAUUUGCUCCUUCUCCGGCUACAAGAUCUACCCCUCCAAGGGUAAGGUUUACGUUCGCAGCGACAGCAGAACCUUCCGUUUCCUCAACGGUAAGGCCGAAUCGUACUUCCUUCAGCGUUUGAGCCCCCGUAAGAUCCGAUGGACUCAAAUCUACCGUCGCCUCAACAAGAAGGGUGUCACUGAACAGGUUGUCAAGAAGCGCACCCGCCGCACCGUCAAGGCCGAGCGUGCCGUUGGUGGUUCCUCGUGGGAUGAAAUCCGCGCCAAGCGUGCCGAGAAGCCCGAAGUCCGUGCUGCUGCUCGUCAGGCCGCUAUUGAGAAGAGCAAGGAGAAGGCUAAGGCCAAGGGUGCUGCCAAGAAGGUAUAG